AUGACCUGCGAGCUAUAUCGUUCUAUUUAUGCACCAAAUGUGUUCUGUCUCCCCAUUUUGAUUGCGUAUAAAGUUAUAGAAGAUCAAAUGGAUUUUUUCAACCGAACACCUGUCAAAAAUGAUAUCCUGAGUAUUAUUGGACACCUCAGUUCAAGGAAAAAAUAUUCACGUCCUUUGUUCACUGGCAACCAUCUAAUCACAAGUUCUCGUGAAAUACGCCCUUCUACACUUCAGUUUGACGAAUUCAUUGUUGAGGAAUCACAUAAUCUUCAUUUUGAGCAAAAAAAAUCUAAUAUUGAAAAAAAAUCGUCGUUCACUGUAGAAAAUAUCAGCCCAUCUUCUGGCAAAAAGUCACCAGUGCAAGCACUUUUAAAGACUGACUUACAUUGUGAUUCAAGUAUCCUGGGAAACUCCUACUGUAAAAGUAAUAACUUCAACGACUAUGGAUCUUUAAGCUUCCUCGAACCAAAAACAACUCAGUCAGUUUCUAGUGAUGGCCUCGUUUCACAGCCGUCCGCAUUAACUCCAUCACUGCUCAAAUAUAACGUUGAUACAAGUACCAAAAAGAAUGUUAGCCCUAGUGAUAGCGACGAUAAUUUCUUUACAGGCUUUCUUGAAUCCCCCAGAGCUGACGUAGACAAGUCAAUUUCUAGUAGUGGCUCAAAUAAAAAAUCACUUGGUCAGACAGCUAAUCGCACUUCUAACAAUAUUAUCAAAUCGCAUGUUGGCAGUAGUGAUGAUGAUGAGGCCUUUGAAAACUUUUUAAAAUCUCAACAAACCGAGAUAAACAAACUUGCGGUUAAUCAAGACAGUGAAUGGUCAUCUUGGGACUCGGAUAAUGAUGAUAGGUCGAGUUGUGAUUCCCCAUAUCAGACGUUUUACUACAGAGUCAACAACAAGUUGCAGUUGUCUGGUAUCACAAAGUUACCACCAAGGUCAUCAGAAUCAAAAUCCUGUGAUUCAGGGAAAAAAUAUAUUGCUCUGAAUAAGAAAACUCAGUCAUGUACUGUACAAGUUUCAAAGUAUCCGAAGAUUUCCAAAUAUCAGAAAAUUUCACAUAAGAUGGAAAAGUGUAAUUCGCAAUAUGUAUCUACGGAGGAAUUCGUUUAUUCUCUUUAUCCAGUUAAUAAUAAUGAUGACAGUAAGCGUAUGUCACACGAGAAACUUCGUCAUCCUGAUGCGUUAAAAUUUGUCCAAAAGUUUAAGCCAAACAGAUCUGAAUUAGCUGAAAAAUUGUACCAAAUUUACAAUGAAAAGAUAUUUUCUAACCAAUUACCACCAAAGUUAGAGAUUAUAUGGAGUCGUCGACUAUUGAAAACUGCUGGUCUUUGCAAGUACAUGAUGCGUACAAUCACUCAUUCGGACGGAACAUCUAAUCAGGUCCGUAUAGCUCAGAUUUUGUUGUCGGAAAAAGUAUGCACUACAGCUGAGCGUGUUCGCGACACCCUGCUGCAUGAAAUUUGUCACGCUGCUGUCUGGUUGAUUAAUGGUUUAAAUGAUGGUCAUGGACGACAUUGGAAAUCUUGGGCUAACCAUGUUCAUCGAGUUUGGCCGAAACUGCCUGUGGUUUCUGUUUGUCACGCAUAUACAAUCGAUACACGAUUCACAUAUCGGUGCACAGGGUGUGGUGUAUGUAUCAAUCGUCAUAGCAAAUCUUUGGAUAUUACUAGAAAGGUUUGUGGUCAUUGUCGUUCGAAGUUUGAAUUACUCAUUAAUACACCCAAAGGUCGUAUGCUUCGACCCAGCUUAGCUGCACAAUAUGAUAAACGUCUCUUGCCACACUGUUCUUCCAUUAAAGUAACUAAAAUGCAUUCUGAACUGGAAAAAUAUCGGUUGUCUAGAUCUCCAGAUGAAAAUUAUAAUGUUGAAAAUGGACUGUCAAAUAUGUUCGGCGACUUACGUCUUAAAUGA